UGGAACAGUGUGAAGAAGUUAUUUCAAAAGAAAACCUCGAAUUCAUGGGAGUGGCAACCGCUAGGUUUAUCAACGUGCUCCCAAUCGAUGAGAAACAUACUCUUAUUCCUUGAAAUAGUGAAUUAAAGAUCUUUAGCAUCGAUACUAGGCCACCUCUUCCUAAUGCAGAACCAAAAGAGGGUGAAGAAGAUAAAAAGGAAGUCUUUGAUGCCAGAGUAGAAUUCAAGCAAUCUGUCUCUACUGCAUCUAUAAUGACACUAAGAAAUGCGGAACAUUACUGGGUAGCCAUUACUCAUGAUGGAGAGAUUAUUUUGAUUCAAAAACAAACUGUUGAAGAGAUAAAAGCUGCCGAUUCUUUCAAUAUUAUUGCUAGCUUCCACACAGACAAGAAGUAUGUCAGGUACGGAGAUAUCUCAACAGACGGCUCAACUAUUGCCUUUAUCUCUGAGCAUAACGAGGAUAACAGCCUCGUGAUUUUUAAGUAUAAAGAUGGAGAAUUUGAGUUCUUUGAUGAAAUUCUAGAAAUCCCAAAUACAGAGAUUAAGCAAUGUGAAUUUGAUGCUGAAAACAAUAUUGUACUUGCAUGCUCAAUUUAUGAGCCUGAGGAUAAUAAUGGCAAGAUCAGAAAGAAAGUCAUUGCCCAUUCUAUCCAUAGAUACACCCAAUCUGGUGAAGGAUAUGCUAUUGAUGAGAAGAUACAUAUUGAGGAUGACUCCAACAGACUUAAGUUCAUAUCCUCUUUAGAUAAGAAAUAUGGAUGCAUCAUGUUCCAUUCUAGGAGAGUUGCAAUCAUUGACUUCGAGUCCUUGCAAAUCAUUCAUGAGCACUACAUCGAAGGAGUUGGAUUUGUAAUAUGCGAUCUUUAUGAUAGGUUCACGAAUUCUUUCCUUGUGGCAAAGGAUAAAAAUACAUUCAUCUCUUUCACAAUCAAUAGAGAUAAAACUGUUGAUGUGAGGAAUAUUAUUAUAGGGUUUACCCUUCCUUCUCCAGUCUAUCAUAGUUCUCUGAUCAACCCAGGGACAUUAGUCUUGUUCUGGGAGAGUGGCCUAGAUGCUUACAAGCUCGAUAUCACUGCUGAGGAGAAAGGGGACACAGCUUGGUGGCAGACAGACAAGUUUAAUAUGAACCUCAUUCAUCUUUCUGGAUGCUCUGUUGAUAUCAAUCGAACUGGAAAUAUGGUUGUCUUCGGUGAUCUUAGUGGAAGAGUUCAUAUUUACAUUAAGAAAAUGAAUGAAGAGACUAAGAAAAUGGAGUUCCAUAGGGAAUCUCCAUUCAAAUUUCAACAUGCAGUCAGAUCCAUUGCAUUCCAUCCAGAAAAUGACAAUGUAGUCAUGGUCGGACUUAUGUCAGGCUGGAUAUUCUAUGUUGACCCAAUUGCUGAUGUUGUCGCUGAUAUUGGAAAUAUAAAAAAAAGAGUAACAGUAAUGAAAUGGUUCGUCAACCAAAACGAAAGAGGUACCGAGAAAGAAUACGUACUAAUGGCAGCUUCUUCGAAUGGAGAUGUCAAAAUGUUCCUUCAAGAUCAUGAGAAUCCAACUAUGUUUAGUGAGAUCAUGGAUCUUCAUGCUCAUCCAAAAAGUAAAGCACCUCAAGAUCUUAACUUUGGAACAAUGACCAAGUACUCUGAGGUCUGGAGUUGUGUCUUACAAGAUACAGAUAUGGGAAAUAUUUUGAAAUACUUCGUCACUUGCUCAGAAGACCAGACAUGUAAGAUCUGGAGGCUACAAGAGAGAAGAUCCUCAAGAGGAGAGUUCAAAGCCAAAUGUAUUGAUACUCUAAAAGGACACCAGAGAGCUGUAACUGAUAUGGGAUGGAAAAAGAUGGACCCAAAGGUCUUUGGUGAGGAUAGCCCUCACCUCCACCUAUUCGCCUCUUGCUCUGACGACAUGACUGUCAGACUUUAUAAGGUGGAUACAUCAAAUGAAGACCCAGAGUUUGAAUAUUUGAAAGAACUUGACACCAAAUUCAUCCAAGAAUGGCAUACUCUAACUUAUAUGGCAUUAGAAGAGAAUGGAUCAAGACUUGCUGUUGUAACUCAGAAUGGAUACCUAGUCAUAUGGGAUAUCGAAGGAGUUAUGGCAGAAGACUAUGAACCGAAGGUAUUAUUUAGUAGAAGAAUUCAUACUGGCAGUAUCGAAGGAUUAAAAUGGAAAGAGAAGAGACUUGUAACAGUUUCCUCAGACUGCACAGCUUGUGUAAUAAGUUAA